AUGAAGAAGGCCUCGCCGUCGCUGCUGCUGCUUCUGGCCCUGCUGCUCCUCUCCUCCGCCGCGCUGCUCGCCGCCGGCCAGCAGCAGCAGCAGCCGCAGACGGGGAAGCAGACGGCGGCGAACAACCCGCGGCUGCAGAAGGCGUACGAGGCGCUGCAGGCGCUGAAGCGCGCCAUCACGGAGGACCCCAAGAACCUGACGCGCAAUUGGUGCGGCCCAGACGUGUGCGCCUACUACGGCGUCUUCUGCGCGCCCGCGCCCGACGACCCGCACGCGGUCACGGUCGCCGGCCUGGACCUCAACCACGGCGACCUGGCGGGGACGUUCCCGGAGGAGCUCGGCCUCCUCUCCGACCUCGCGCUGCUGCACCUCAACUCCAACCGCUUCGCAGGCGGGCUCCCCGAGUCGCUGCCCAAGCUGCACCUCCUCCACGAGCUCGACGUCAGCAACAACCGCCUCUCCGGCGGCUUCCCGCAGCACAUCCUCUGCCUGCCCAACGUCAAGUACGUCGACAUCCGGUUCAACAACCUGUGCGGCCCCGUGCCACCGGCCAUCUUCGACAAGCCGCUCGACGCGCUCUUCCUCAACGACAACCACUUCGACUUCGAGCUGCCGGAGAGCCUGGGCAACUCGCCAGCGUCCGUGAUCGUGCUCGCCAACCUGCGCCUGAGCGGCUGCCUGCCGCCCAGCGUCGGCCGCAUGGCCGGCACGCUCAACGAGUUCGUCGUGCUCAACGCCGGCCUCCGGUCCUGCAUCCCCCAGGAGGUCGGCUGGCUCCGCGAGCUCACCGUGCUUGACCUCAGCUUCAACCAGCUCCAGGGCCAGCUGCCGGAGUCCAUGGCCGGGAUGCACGCGCUCGAGCAGCUCGACGUCGCGCACAACGAGCUCUCCGGCCACAUCCCCGAGGGCAUCUGCGCGCUGGCGCCGAACCUCAGGAACUUCACCUACUCAUACAACUACUUCUGCAGCGAGCCGCAGCGCUGCCUCGAUAUCCGCCGCAUCGACGACCGCCAGAACUGCAUCGCCGGCCGGCCCGACCAGCGCCCGGCCGACCAGUGCCUCGCGUUCCUGCACCGCCCGCCGGUGCACUGCGACGAGCACGGCUGCUUCGCGCCGCCGCAUUACUGACCACCUCGCGGUGACUAGUGGCGCGCGGCCGGCCGGCUGUGACUUGUAAAAUUCGUUGGUGAUGUGAGACCGAAAGGGUAAAUUCGUAAACAGAAACGAUCGAUAUAUACACUGUAAUUUUUUUUCUUUUUCUCUUCACAGGAGUGGUAAUCUAUAUUGGAACUGUAGACAGAAAUGAUAGUGCAUUACAGCUUUACUUGUCCA